GAGAUUCAACCUAUCGCUAAAGGCAGGUCAUCAUUAGAAUCGUUGAUAUUAAUUAUUUAUCAUGAGAGUAUGUUCCAGACAUGUGUCUUUAUGAAUAAUUUCGUAUUUCAGUAUGGCAAAACGCAAGUCAGGUUUUCUGAAAAAGACGAUGUCAAAUUGCUGAGGGAAGUGUUGGCUGCCAACCCGUUCAAAGACAAGGGAAAAUGGCAAACAGCAGCAGACAACUUGACAAGUACACGGUCAGACUUCAAAGUCGAUGCUAGGCGAGUUAAGGAGAGGACGCACUUGAUGUUAGACCAAUUCACAAAGAAACCUGCGGAAGAUUUGAAAAGCUCUGGCAACACUGAGGAAUAUGAUGAAAAGAUUGCUUUCUUGGACGAAAUAACAGAACUCAAGGAGGAAGAGGAUAGGCAUCGUGAGGAGGAAAAGUCUAAGAAAAUUGCGAAUGAGUAUAAAGGAAGAAAGAAGGCUAUGGAGGGUAUGAGUAAAGAUGAGACAACCCCUACUAAGAGGAGAAGUAGUACCAGCGUACUAGACUACCUCAAAACUAAGUCAGAGCAGGAGGCAGAGCUGAGACGACAAGAAAGAACUGGAUAUGAGGAACUGAAACUUGAGAGAGAAAGAUUUGAGCAGGAUAGAGAAGAGAGGCGACAGAGAAUGGAGAUGGAGAGCAAAGAAAAGACAGCGUUGUUUGAACUCUUACAAAAAAUUAUUAACAAAUAAUUAUUAAGAAUGAAAUGUACUACAUAUUCAGGAGAAUGAAUGUGUAACUUGAACUGUACAUGUAACAGAUUUGCAUUGAAUAAAUAUACAAGACAUUGGAAUAUACAGUUAUCUUUACAAUCAAUAUUUCACUACCAGGGGCAUAGCCAGCGUAUUCGCAAAA